AUGUCGGACUCAGCCAUAUGCUGCACGGAGCUCGAGCUUCGGAAAGCUCUGGAGGACGAGGGAUGUCGGAAGAUUGUCUUGAAGGGUGCGAACCUUGCAGCUGAAGCGGCGGAGGCUUGCAUCGCCAUCUUCAACUUUCAGUGCACGGGUCACCUGACAGAGCUCCUCCUGGAGGACCUCCCUCUUCAGCCCGGCAGCCUCGAACACUUGGCACACGCGGUAAGUGUCCCUGGCCAGAUGGCGAGGCUGUGUGAAGCCCAUGAUGUCGAGGCCGAGGAGGAGAUGGAUCUGGACUUGUUUGGCGACAGUAUGGAGGACCUGGAGGCUUCCCUCGCUGCUAUCCCCGUGGAGGAGAGCGCGGCAGAGCCCGCUCCAUGCGAAGGCCACGGGCUUCGGAGUUUGACGCUCUCCUACUGCCCUUGUUCGCCUAGCGACGCUUGGUCCCCUCUUUGGCGCAGCCUCCCGCCGAGCCUCACGGAGCUGGACUUGUCCGGCAAUGCGCUGAGCGAUCAUGCCAUUGUGGCACUCAGCGGCGCGCUCCGCAGCCGCGCCGGUUUGCGCUUGGGCCUGCGGGGCAAUCGCUGCAAAGACAUCGACCGCCUCUGUGAUGCAGUCGCACGUGGCUGCGUGGAGGCGCUGGACCUCUCCGAGAAUCUCUUGAAUGAUAAAAGCAUCCAGCAGCUCUGCGAAAUAGUCGGAGCACCCGGCUGCCGACUCCUCGAUUUGAACCUUUCUGGCAACAGUCGGCUUACUUCGUCCUCGCUGGCGACUCUUUUUGCCAAACUUCCAAGGAGCCCGAUUCGCCGACUGACGCUGCGCCGAACGUCGCUUUGCGACAAGGGUGUCCUCUUCCUUUCCGGGAUGCUGUCGGAAUUGGUGCUAGAGCUUUUGGACCUG